UAAUAUCAAUGUAAAGAUAGGCUCCGUAUUGACACUUAUGUUCUCAUGACACUCAUAUUGACACAUAUCACCACAUGGAUAACUACUACAUCUAGAAGUUUAUACAGGGAGCAUAUAUAGCUAUUGAAAGAACAAAUAGUGGGAUAUAAAAUACACAUUAAAAGAUAGAAGUCCUACACCUCAUAGCCAUUUUCAAGAGGAAACACAUCUCAACAUACAACUAAACAAACAAUUACAGCAUUAUGAUGACGAAACUUGGGAUCCGUCUUCUGAUCUUACUUUUUGGAUUAUCUACUAAAACAGUCGCAAAUGCAAGUUGUGAGUUUCCCUGGUGGGUGCAACCUGAGUAUCAUGACCAAAUUUGGGUUAGUCGGCUGUCUGAAUCUUCUUAUGACACAGCCGACUACUUAGCAUUUGAGUUUCAUGAAGAUUACUUUCAUGAGAUGAAAGGCAAAACAUCAGAGUUAAUCCACUCGUAUAACUGCAUUCAAAAGGCAUCCGUUAGAGGUGUAUGGGUAAAUACCACGAGUGACCAUUUCAUCUUAUCUGUAACUAUCAAUGAGGAUAGCCAAGCAGUAGUUAAAUACACAUGCUGGCGAUUUUUCAGAAGGAGCCAAAGUAUAAUACAAUUUGAACAGUCUGAGUUCGGAGAUAGUCCAAAUAUUGAUCUUUGCACGGGAAACCUAAUAAUGAACCCAUAUCCUCUGAUUCGCUACUAUCACAGAGAAAUUGAUGACAGUUUUUUAAGUGACAAGGAAAUGACAAGUCCAUGUCCUUUACCAGGAGGAUAUGUGUUCCAGUGGAUGGAUAUGAAUGGCAGAAGCAGUGAUCAGGUUGACAGUUUACCCCAGGAGUGUCAGGAUCGAUACGCCUCUCUACAACCUGGUCUAUGGCAAAGUGGCUGUGUGCAACAUGAUAGUAAAGCAACCAUUAAGUUUGAAGCAACACCUGAAUGUGUAUCUAGCCUCGGGGAAAGAGUGCCCUGGUUCCAAAGACUUGGAAUAAACAGCCUGGAGGUGCAAUGCCUUGCUACAUGGACUAAAGAUAAUUAUACAUUCUCCAUAAUGAAACAAAAGGAUAUAUCAUUCAGAUCAUAUGAUUUAAUAAGUAAAGAAAUGGUCGGAUUUGCUUGUAUUCGAUACAACAAAACUGUGAUUGGAUAUCCAUCGACUAUUGAAAUAUAUGAAGGAACAUACUGUCCUGGUGAAAAUACUGUAGCUAAAGCUGAUGAUGUAGGCACAGAUUAUUUAACCUUGACAUUGACAAGAAGAGAGAGAAACAAAUGUGGUAGGAAUGACUCUCCAUUCUGCGAUUCCGAUGAAUUCACAUUGUCAAAAGGCCAAUCUUCAUGCAACCAGCCAUCCUACAAAAGAUUCUGCGAAGAAAAGUGCGAUGGCUGCUUAGAGAAUAAGUAUGUGAUGCUCCCUGGAAGCCUACUGAAAAAGUUUUCUGAUUCAAUGACAUAUUUUCAACAAGAUUCCAAUGCAUUUAACCUGAAAGACACCUGGUUUCAAUACACUGGUUCAAUACAAGACAUGUGUUGUUUCAGCUUAUACCCAAAGAAGAACUUUGGUGGUGAUAUGUACUUGUUUGACGCAAGAGUUUCAAAUCAUUGUGAUCCAUAUGAAAUGUGUGUGAGUCUAGUGCAAAGAGGCCCUGAUGUGGUCCAAUUUCAGGUCUACCUACCUAAAGAUGGUGAUUGUACAACUGGCCCACAGGAAGAUCCAUCACGUAUAUAUGACCUUAGGAACAACUUUAAGAAUGUAAAGGGUGGCUGGAGAAACAUGAUUCGUAAAGGAAGUAAUCACGAAUCUGUUAACUGUAAUCUUGAUUUCAUUUUUGAUGCAUCAGCAUCCUUUCAGUUAAAUAAAGAAAAACAGUGUAAUGUGACGAUAACACCAUCUGGACAAAAAAUAAAUAUAUCCUUCAAAGAAGGAUGUACACCACAAGUAAAAUAUAGUGAAUUUAGAUGUUUGGCCUCAUUUGCUGAAACCAGAACAAAUGUUGAACAAAACAAGACAAUAGUUGACACUUUUAUAAUCACUAAGGCUAAAUUACAAAAUGAAUUUGAUUUCUACUUAACAUAUCAAUGUUGGUAUUUCUCAUCACGAGAUAACAAUGUAUUCUAUUGGACACGAAUUAGUGACUGCGAUUUGACAACUUACGCCAAGAUCCAUCUUGAAGAAAAGUAUCAUACGUUGAUGGAACCGUAUGUUCCUCUCGCGACAUUCCGCAUCAAUAAAAGAUUCGUUGCAGCUUCUGGGGCAGAUUAUAUGAGCACACAGGCAAGUCUUGUAUUUGGGGUGUCCAUAUUCCAGAUUAUCAAACAUUUUGUCUUUUGAGGGGGCCUCUCUCAAGGCAAACUCGUCAGGUAUGGGACGAAUGAGGCAGAAGCCUCACAAAAUAUCUAAUUUAGUACUAAAAUAUUUUUGGAAAACUAUAGUGUUUAUAUAACAUAACAAGCCUCUAUACAUUCCUUUAAUUUGUAAAGAUGUCACUGGGAU